ACGCAGAUCGAUGAUUGUCGGCAAAGGCGCUUCUGGUACCCAGACAUCAGGCCCAUUUACGGCAGAUGGCUUGUGACCAUUGCGAGGAGCCAAAAAAAGUCUGAAUUACGUUGCGAAUGAAGAAGAAAAGCCACUCCUAGCCAUGUAAACGGCAAUAUCUGGCGACCUUGAGAAUGCUUCCAGCGCAAGGCUUCAACAGCAAAUUAUGGACACAAGUUGGAUGGCUGGAAUGUAUAAGGCUCAACACGAGAUCUAGGCAACUGACCGAAGCUUCGUUACGCUAUCAACAACAUGAACGAUCAUGAAAUCUUCCGUCGUCUUGCUACAUACCCUUUCACCUCCGCAACAUUGAAGAUGUUGCAAUGCGCUUUGCAGGUCAUUCAGAAGCGUUACCCGCUCGCCUCUCUUCAAGAUGGAGGGGAUGCAAUCUUAGAAUACCCGUCGCAGGAAGCUUUCGAGCAAACAGAAGUGCCACUACAUGUCACCGGCGAAUGGAUCAGCUUAAUGAAAAUUGUAGGCGAUUCCAUCGACGCCCCAGAACAGAGAGUGCCGUUGCCGUUGCGACUUUUCGCUAGAGGCGAGCAAGCAGACGUCGAUAUGAUCGCGGAAUAUCUUCGCUUAUUACGGCCGGCUUAUCCGUCUUUCCACUUCAGUGAUCCGGUAAUCUUCACGUCUGACAAUACAGAAACAGCUGCGAGGCUCUACGGGACUUUUGACGCCACUACGCUCAUCCCAUGCAGCUAUGAUGGGGCGUGGUUCGCGGCCGUUGCUUACGCAGAUUGCGUGCAGCUAUACGGAGCACAGGUUGAAAGCAGCUCGAAACUGGAGCAACAGGCCCAAACCUUGUUUCCUGGCCGCACGAUCUGUUUCUCCGAGCCACUUGUCACGACGCCGGUCAAGGACCCCGGAGCAUUGAUGUUGUUGAGCUUGCGAAUGCUGGCCGGCGGGGGUGUGCCAACAAUGUGUGCCGACGCCGCCUUCUUGCAAAAUUUGCGAGCACGAAUAUGCGUAGAGCUUUUGGCCCAGAACCUGGAUGUCAGGGACUCUGAUGUUUCCGAGCGGCUUCAGCAAGUGCAACUAGAGAACUCUACCUUUUUCGACGAAGCGUUCAUACGCGAAGACAAUUCGCCGUCGCCAGUCGGCUCAACCUUCACAGCUGACAUGGGGAGUAAUAUCGGUCCGUCUACCUUCGGUGCCUCUCCCUCGCCAUCUCGGCUGUUUUCGCCCGUCGGAGAAGGGCCCCCUUCAGCAGGACGAGGCUCAAGCGAGACUACUUCUGCGUCGCCCAAGGAUCUGUACCGUCCAUCGUUGUUUUCGCGUGCGGUUGGCCCCUCUCCGAAGUGGCAUGUGUUUGGCACGAGAAUUCAUGGGGUUUCACACUCAGUGUCACCUCCCAUGCCGCCCCCCAUGCCAGAGGAAUGCAGAGUCAUUCUCGGUAUGCUCAGCGAGGCCGUGGCUUUUUACCGGAGCUCUCGCCUGUCGGGAAGUACCGAACUGGCAGUGAUGUGGUCUGCUAUCAAGAGCGGAUCCAAGAGCGAGUUCUACCGCCGCUACAUUGGUUUGCUAUUCUAUGAGGAGAUGGCUCGCCUCAGCAGCGACCAGGAGGUCGCCCUACGAUUGAAGACCAGCAUCACCAAGCGCGAGCUCGGAGAGAUGAGGCGUCACCAGUCGGACUUUCAGAUAUGGCACGACAUUUGUGAUUUGCGCCGCGACUGGGGGCCGGGUCGAUUUGUGCUUCUUUGUGCGCUGCCAGAGAGCUUCCAGGUAGGGCGAGGAAGCAGAACAGAGAAGCAAGUGCAGCUUAGAAGAGUCUGCAAACGGCUUCAAGAUGAUCGCGACCCCCUAUCAGGAUAUCUGGACGUUGCUAAAGAGCUCUGUGCUGCUUUGGUUCAAGUAAACCUCCCAUGCGAAAGAUUGAUGAUCGAUGAUUACCACCUCAAGGCAUAUUCAGAAAUGUCGGAGCCGGAGUUUGCUGCUUACAUGAGCCUCAGUCCCCGGCCAGUCAUACCGAUAUCAAGGUGGGGAACCCAUUAGUGCACGCCAUAUGUUGUCUGUAAGACGAGCAGGUAGUGGCGACGAAGGAAACAAGGAGUGAGGCGUUCAUGAAAUCUAGCGUCAACGUAUUGCAUGUUCGGCAGCAAACUUCCUGUGUAGCUCAAUUGAAUUGUACGUAUUCUA